CCAUUUGGACCACUGCCAAGUAGGGAGGAGGUAAGCAGGCAGGCAGGGAUUGGCUGGCUUAGCCUGGCCACUGGCAGUGUCCCCUAGGUCAGCGGCCAGAAGCAAAGACUUUCUAAGAGGAGAGGAGAGGAGAGGAGAGGAGGCUGUGUGGAUAAGCUGCUCCUGACUGAAGACCAGGUCCUGAGGGGCUCACCCUCUAAUCCCUCUGCUCCAGGAUGUUGCAACUGAGCCUGUCCUGGCUAGGACUGGGGCAGCUUGCAGCCUCCCCAUGGGUGCUCCUGCUGCUGGUGGGGGCCACUUGGCUUCUGACCCGGGUCCUGGCCUGGAGCUACAGCUUCUAUGAUAUCCGUCGCCGCCUCCAGUGUUUCCCACAGCCUCCAAAGCGCAACUGGUUUUGGGGUCACGUGGGCCUGGCUCCCCCCUCGGAGCAGGGCUUGAGGGUCAUAAUUCAGCUGGUGGCCACCUAUACCCAGGGGUUUAAGAUGUGGAUGGGCCCCAUCAAGCCCCUUGUUGUUUUGUGCCACCCCGACUUGAUCCGGAAUAUCACCAGUGCCUCAGCUGCCAUUGCGCCCAAGGACAUGGUCUUCUAUAGCUUACUGAAGCCCUGGCUGGGGGAUGGGCUUCUGCUGAGUGCUGGUGACAAAUGGAGCAGCCACCGCCGCAUGCUGACACCUGCCUUCCACUUCAACAUCCUGAAGCCCUAUGUGAAGAUUUUCAAUUACAGCACGAAUGUCAUGCAUGCCAAGUGGAAGCGCCUGGUGUCAGAAGGCAGCACCCAUCUGGACAUGUUUGAACACAUCAGCCUCAUGACCCUGGACAGUCUGCAGAAAUGUGUCUUCAGUUUUGACAGCAAUUGCCAGGAGAAGCCUAGUGAAUAUAUUGCUGCCAUAUUAGAACUCAGUGCCCUUGUGGCAAAACGGCAUCAGCAGAUCUUGCACAUGGACUUCCUGUACUACCUCACUCCAGACGGACAGCGCUUCCGCAGAGCCUGCCGCCUGGUGCACAACUUCACAGAUGCUGUCAUUCAGGAACGGCGCCGCACUCUCCCAGUUCAGGGUGUUGAUGACUUCCUCAUGACCAAGGCUAAGAGUAAGACUUUGGACUUCAUUGAUGUGCUCCUGCUGUCCAAGGAUGAAGAUGGAAAGCAAUUGUCAGACAAGGAUAUCCGAGCUGAAGCUGACACCUUUAUGUUUGAGGGCCAUGACACCACAGCCAGUGGCCUCUCCUGGGUCCUGUUCAACCUGGCAAAGCACCCAGAAUACCAGGAGCGCUGCCGGCAGGAGGUGCAAGAGCUCCUGAGGGACCGUGAGCCUCAAGAGAUUGAAUGGGACGACCUGGCCAAGUUGCCCUUCUUGACCAUGUGCAUCAAGGAGAGUCUGCGGCUGCACCCACCUGUCACAGUCAUCUCCCGCUGCUGCACCCAGGACAUUGUGCUCUCAGAUGGCCGGGUCAUCCCCAAAGGUGUUACCUGCCUCAUUAGUAUUUUUGGGACCCACCACAACCCAUCCGUGUGGCCAGACCCUGAGGUAUACAAUCCCUUGCGCUUUGACCCAGAAAACAUCAAGGAGAGGUCUCCCCUGGCUUUUAUUCCCUUCUCUGCUGGGCCCAGGAACUGCAUCGGGCAGGCGUUCGCCAUGAGCGAGAUGAAGGUGGUGCUGGCGCUCACGCUGCUGCGCUUCAGGGUCCUGCCCCACGAGGAGGAGCCGCGCAGGAAGCCGGAGCUCAUCCUGCGCGCCGAGGGCGGACUUUGGCUGCGCGUGGAGCCGCUGAGCGCGCGCCCCCAGUGACCCGCCAGCUCCCGGCUGGGCCCAGCCCGACCCGCGCGCCUCGCUUUGCAGGUUCCCGGGAAGAGAAGCGCGUGGUCUCCCCCGCGCGAGCCCCACGGAGAGCCAGCAGGGGGCGCGUGGGCCCCGCGGGAAGGCCGGGGGUGGGGGUGGGGGGCGAGGCGGGGUGGAGGGGAGGCUGGGUCUGGGCCGGGCCCUGACAGCCCUUCCAGCUCAUCCCAGAUCCCCGUCCUGAUGGCAGGUUCUCCUAGAAUCAAACCCGUGGUUACUCCAGAUUUCAAAUGCACAGAUAGAAAAUACAACAAUGCAAAGCAUGCUAAAAUUCUAGCCUCUCCAUGGAGUUUCUCUCAAUUCAACAACUGGGAAGGGGUCCUUAGAUUGCCUGUCAGCACCCCUGCGGGGAGCACUUCACUCUCGCUCCUGGGUAAUGUGGCUGAUUAAUAAUCAAGGGCUUGAUUACCCCCCCACCCCCCAGGAAGUAAUGCAAACGCCAUCAGUUACAGCACUCAGUUGUAAAAACCAGUUUUCUGGCGCUCUUUGAGAAGUUGAUUGACCUCUUCCUCCUUGCACAUGACUUCUCAUUGACCUUUCCCUAGAAAUCUCCCUUGGAGAGAAAAAACAGGGUAUAUGUGCUUUCUGCUAAUUCAUGGCUUAUGGUUCUUCCCUGGCUCCUCCUAAGAUCAUGUUAUCCCCCCCCCCUUUUUUUUUUGGUAAACAAAAUUUAAUACAACUGUAUAGUCAAAUGAUAAUGGUUAAAGGACAUUUUAUUAGAUACAACUUUUAAAAAAUUAAACUAUGCAUAAAGUAUAUUUAAACAAGGCAUAUUAGUAUUAGUGUGCUACAAUCAAAUUGAGAGCAAAGAAGUACAAAGCAUUUUUCACUGUGAAGAUAUUGGAGCCUCUCACUGAAAGCAAAUGACAUUUGGCUGCCAUCGGUUUGUACAAGUUGUAAAGCAUAUUAUGCUUUUUUUCAACACUGUAAUUGUUGUCUUACACAGCUCCAGAAAUUCUCAAAAAUUUAAAUAAAAGAAAUUGGGGGAGGGAUGAUGGGGAAAGCAAGAGUAAGAACCUUUUCAAGAAAUAUAAAUGAAAAUUGAACACCAAUAAAAAAUUAAUUAAAAAAACACAAAGUAAAAAAAAAAAGAAAUAUAAAUGAAAAAGCCUGUAGAAGGAAAAAAAAUAGUACAUAAGAAUGGAACAAAAAUAAGUACAUUUACUUUUUUGACAUUAGAUGUAGACAUUGCAAAUGAUGUUUUCAAAAGUUUAAUCAAUGUUAGAUGUUUGAAUAUCUUAAAAAGCACCUUGGUUACAAGACAAACAAGAUCCCCGAAUAUAAUAAAACUCCAAACACUGUCCAUCCA